AUCUACACAUCCAUCCAUCCACCGUACGGAGCCCCGUUGCACGUCGGGAAACUGAACAUGUACGUACGUCGUACGAGCGACGUAGAGCGUUGAAUGUGUCGAUUACGUUCGGGGUUGGCUUGCACUUUUCGCGGUUGUAUGUGCGCGCAGCAACGUCGCGUGGUCAGCGAUCGAGGUGCUCGCGAAGGUUUCUAGUGUGUAGUGACUGGGUGAUAAGAGGUGAGCCGAAAAGAGAAACUUGUUCUUUUCUUGGGACGCUCGCCAAUUCAGGAGGUGUACAAUUCUAUCGCGGCGUCGUUCUAACAAACAGCCGGGAGAGCCGCGACAUUCACAAUAGUGCAUCUGUGUGUGAAAACACAUCCAAUCACGGAAUUCGCGGGCUAAGAUGCCCGACGUGGCUCCCGCGGACAACGUCGGCAUCGAGACCAGGGUCAACGAAGCGGUGCACGACGAGUGGAGCGACGCUCACUCCUGGUUUCCCGCGAAUACACGUCCGAUCCAAUUUUCACGUCCAUUCGUACAUAUGGGCAAGAAGUUCAUCGUAUUUUGAAACGGCGAACAGUGCUCACAUAAAUUAACUGGCUGUUUCGUGUGAAUAUUUUUGUCCGUCGUGGUAGCAUGAAAUUGUUGCUGCACUGUACCAAGAUAACAACGACGAUUUUAUUAACAUACUCUUUCACACGUUCACUUCUAACAGACUAUGUUGGACAUUAAAUAUUAAUGUAAAUGUUUAUGGUGCAAUCAAUAGAUCUGGAUGGACAUAGAAUUAUUCGAAGCUCUGUAAAUGUUUUCUCUGGAGGACUCGCUAGUGACUGAGUUGUCUUUCAUAUUUACAUUUUGGAAAAACUGUAUGGAGAGACUGAAAGUGUUUUAACGAUUUGCACACAUAUUUUAAGUUCGAUAAGCCAUGAAAUGAAGGAAACAUAAUCAAAAGGUGCACGGAAACUUAGACGAAUCUGUAGAUUCUUUGGGAACCACAUUUGUUUUGUAUGGCUUCUUAUAUGGAUCAUGUUUAGUUUGUCAAUAAAGUUACGCUAAUUAUCAUUCACGCGUAUUAAGAUUAUAUUUCAAUCGAUACAUUACGUCUUUUAUAUGAUUAUAUAUCGAAGCAUCUAGUAGUAAAGUUACUUGUCGAAAUAACAAAUAUAAAAAGCAACAUAAUAAUUUUAAACUUAGAUGCUGAUAUUGUGAAGGAGUAAAACUGAACGGAUCUUUAAGAUGUGUGAACAAACAGAAAUCAAUUACUUGGACGGUGACGUAGUAUGGGUAAAACUUGGAGCUUGUUGGUGGCCAGGACAGGUUACCGGGUUUCAUAAUUUACCUAAGGACAUUCAAGAUGAAUUUCAAAAGAAGCCUUUAAUAGCUGCUGUAAAGUUCUUUCAAGAAGACACCUACGAAUUUGUGAAAAACUAUCAACAAAUUUACAAAUACAAUUGUACACAAAAAGAUGAAUUCAUCAAGAAAGGACUUGAUAAAUAUAGAAGCAAAAGCAAAGAUGGCUCUCGGUAUAUGGAUAAAUUUCCUGGAGACGUUGAAAUGGCUGAGAAGUUGACUGGAGGUGAUCCAGAUAUACUAAACCAUGAUAAAUUUUGCCCCGAGGAGAAGCCAAAUAUAUCAGCUUUAUUUGGAGAUAAAAAGGUUACGAAGAAAAAAAAGGAACGAGAGGAUACUCCUAGAAGAAGCGAUUCUAUGGAAGUUGUAAGGAAGAUCACUCACCCACGAUUUUUAAAGGAGAGCGACCAUGAAGUCAGAAUUCGUCAACAGCCUAGCAGUUUACCAUCAACACCAAAUAAUACCGGUUCUCCACAAUAUCCUUGUCAUUUGUGUAAUUUCACUUCUUCCCGCGUCAAUGUUAUUAUCUGUCAUAUAAAAAGUCAUAGGUCUGGAAAUUCGCCAAUGUCAAAAACAAAGGUGAAAACUUAUUCUCAGUAUAGGGGUAGACACUCGGAUGUAGAUACUCCGAAAAGGAAAUACGUGAAGAAAGAUAAAAGUCAAUCGAGCAGAAGUAAGAGUAGUGGGGAAUCAGCGAAAAGAAAACAAAUUAAACAAAAUGAAAAAGCUGCUAAAAAGAAGAAAACUGAUCCUAAAAUUCGUGAUACUAUAUUGGCAGAUUGGGAAGAUGAAUCUGAUGAAGAUAUUAGUCUGAACCAGAGUAAACAAUCUGAAUUAACACCUGUAAAUAAUUCACCAACGAAAAGUCAUUUUGAUCUUGAUAAAUCGGAAGAGUCUGGUCAGAAGAAUAAUACACUAUCGGAUCCUAAUGAAAUUAUUGCAGAAACUGAAAAAUUACUUAAAGAAACAGAGAAGUUGACAUCAAUUAAUAUACUGGAGCACUCUGAAACGGAUAAUAUUGAUAUAUCAAAAAAUUUUAAAUCAAAUCUUUUCGAUAAGCAACCCGAUCAGGAGAAAGACACAUCUGAUGUUGAAAUCAACGAAUCUGCCAAUAAAUCACAGAAAGGAAAAGAAUCUUUCAAUUCUGAUAAUGAAAGUAAAUACAAUACACCCAACAAAGAUGAUAGGAAGUCAUUAUUGUCUUGUUUUGAUUUUCAUGAAGAGGAGUUAUCUAUACCUCCUGUAAGGAAAAAAGCCCGCGCGUUUCACCAAAAGAAAGAAAUUAUAAAAGAAUUUGAAAUGAGUCAAGCUUUAAAAACAGAGCAGGAGAAAGAAGCAGAAAAUAAAACUGCAGACGAGGAUAAUAAUAUUAAGAUACAUGAAAAUGAAAAGAUGGAUGCGCUGUUGUCUUUAGGGGUAAAGGAUUUGGAGAAAUACGGGAAAAGCAAAAAAUCUGUAGAAGAAGACAAAUCAAUGAAGAAUGAAGCUGAGAAACUCGCAGAAAAAUCACAACCUGAAAAAAUGUCAGCGGACGUGCAGAAAUCUGCAACUAGUGAUGUUAAAACGGAGUUAAAAGUCAUAGAAAUAUUUGAGGCUGAAAAGUCCGAGGAUGAAUGUAAAGAUGUUGUAACUUCUCCAAAACCACAAACACAAGAAGUUCCUAAAACAAAUACCGAGGUAGAAUUAACAGAAGAUAAAGAAUUAAGUGUGCAGAAUGAAACUAUCGUUGAUAAAUCAACGGAAUAUAAAAGUAUAGAUAUUGAUCAUGAAAUUAAAGAAAGUACAGAGCAACCUUCAAAAGAUAUGGACGAAGCUUCUUCUGAGCGAUUUACUACCGAAACAGAAGAUGAAACAGUUUCCGAAUCAGCUGACACGCUUCCGGAUCAAAGCGAAAAUUCUGAUGCAGAUAUGCUGGAUCAAGAUCAAGGACCCAAUUCUGCGAUUGCUAAUACUUUGUUAAACAACGAUCAAUUAAACGUUACUCCGCAAGGAAGAAAGCGUAGGGGCCGACCAAGGAAGUCAGAAUCUUUACAUAGUACCAGUGGUAAUACUAGUGGGAACGAAAGUCCAAGGAUAAAAGAUAACAAAAGCAGUCAAAAGCUUUUAGAAAAGUUUGAAGUCGAAAGGAGAAUUUCGGAGUCUGACAGUGAACGUUCCUACAGUGGAAGAAAGCGAAAACCGAAUAAAAAAUAUUUAGAAUCUGAUAUAUAUGUGCAGGAAUUAGAUCAAAGAAUAUAUAAGACUGAUGAAAGCCAAUCUGAAAGCGAGGAGAAGGGUACUGAAAAGGGGAAAGGUAGAACAAAAAGAAAUAAAAAAUUGUCAACAACCGAUACGAAAAUAAGUGAGAAGAUCGAGCUUGAAGAACAAAAAGAAUUGGAAAUCUCUUGCAAUGUGUCGAAUGUAUCGGAGAAUAAUGUUAAUUCUUCUAGCAUCGAAUUACAAGAUAAUUUAAAUGAAAGCGAUACACACAAAGACGAAAUCAUUAUGGAAGCAGAUACAAAAGACAGUGACAAUCAAGUUUCUAAUGAAAUUUAUGAAAAAAUGUCUUCGGAAGAAAAAGAUUUACAAGCAUACACAUCUGCCUUUCCCGAAGAUAUAAAAUCUCAGGUGAAAGAAAAUGUUGCCGAAACUAAGGAUACAAUACUUGAACCUGAAAACGCAAAAGACAUUACAAUGGAGACUGAAAAUUUGUUAAGUUCCAGCGAGGUUCAUACAGAAAAAUUGAAAACUCUAAAUGUAGAAACCUGUGCUACAAUUCAACCGGAAAUUUCAACAGAAAAAGAUAUUUCUUCGCAAACAGAUAUUUUAAAGACUGUUGAGAUGUUACCACCGAAAAAGUCACAGAUUAAAAAGUUUGAGUUAUCACAAAUUGAUUUUUUUGACUCGGAUGCCACUGUUAGUAAAUCUACUGUAGAACCCGAAUUAGAUAGCGGGCAGGAAAAAUUAAAACAUGCAGAAGUAAUUAAGAAUGAUGCGGGUACGGAUGAGCCGCAUUCUUUGAAUGAGAAAGAAGACUUAUUUUCUGAGAAACUAGAGUCAGAUACCAAAAAUGAGGAUACUAUGAAAGAAGUACCAAAAGGAGAGACAAAAAUCCAAAGUAUUGAAGAGGCUAUACCAGUAAACGAAGAAGUUCAUCAAACCGAAACGGAAACCUCUGACAUUCAAAAGCAAGGAUUAAAAUUAGAAAGCUCGGAACCAGCAUCCAAAGAUGCAGCAAGCGAGCAACAAUCUCCAAAGAAAUCGGCUAUGCAAACAAGGUACAAAGGAAAAUUUACUCCGGAAACAGGUGCUAAAUCGAAGAAGGACAAAGAGCUAUUUGUUGAAGAAAAGUCAUCAAAUACAUUUCAGGAAGCUUUCUUGAAAACUUUGCACAUAGACAAGAAAAAAGGAGGAGUUGACGAUUCUGAUACAACUUGGAAGGGAAAGAAAGGUAAAAGAUCGAUAAAGAAGAAGCUUGAAGAAGAUAUGGAUGCAACAAAUUCUACUGUUGAGACAAUCCCAGCUGUGAAAUCUAACGAGGAGUCACCGAAAAAGCUUGAAAAUCUGUCGAAUAUUCAAGCUGAAGAAAAUAAUUCACAGGUCACGGUUAUGAGCAAUUUUGAAGGUAUAGAAGUAGUGGUUGAUCAAAACGUUGAAAUGGAUACAAAAACAGAUGAUACCAUGCUUCAAAAUGUAGAUCAACUUGCUUCAUCAUCAAGUGAACUUGACAAUACAUCUAAGUCGCUAGUGCAAUCAUCUUCUAUCGAAGAGACUUCAAAAUCUAUUAGCAUAGACAUACAAAAGGUGGACGAAUCAUCAAGAAUGUCAACAUCUACGCCAUCACCGUCAUCCGACAUUGCAGUACCAGUGAAGAAACGUGAGAUGCCUCGAAUAAUUGAAAAUGUUACAUUAACCGAGCCUAUGCAGAUUUUAAAAUCAAAAUUAUUGGAUAAAUUCCCACAAAAAGGAAUAAAGCAUAAACUAGAAACAGAAAGCACAAAAAGGUCUGAUCAGAAAGCGGGUCCAAAGGCGAAAGUAAUGAAAAUCGAAUCUCUGUCGUCGAACACUAAAAUGAAAACUGGUUCGAAAGUAACAUCCCACAUGUCGUUGACUAAAAAGCUACAAGUGUUGAAAGCUGAAGAAGCGGAAACUGCUGCAAUGAUGGAAGCGCAAAACGAGCAGUUGAAUUUAAAAACUUCAAAAGUUUCUACCACAGUAGCUGCAACUGAGAAAUUCAUUCAACAAAGUUCUCAGAGUUUGGCAGAUAUGGAAUUAGAUAUAAACUCAAUGCCAUUUGUUCUUAGUGAAGAUGUUUUAACACCAGAAAACAUUGAACAAAUGCCUGUCGUAAUAUCCUCUAUCAUACCUGCAUCUAGUACGAUACCAGCCACACUAUCUUUCACCCCUACAACUCAGAUAAUGUCAGCUACUCAAACUCAAUACAAAUUAAGUGAUAAUACGACCGAAGUAUCGCCUACAAAGAAAAAGAGUGGUACUCCUGCGAUUUUGAAGAACAAAAGUAAAGCUAAACCUACAAUUACGAGUAUAAAAACAUUGGUGCCUCCGUUAACUGGUGGAGUAAAAGGUAUUAAAUUUCAAAGUACCCCAGCAACAAGCAAAGUUCCCCCUCUUUUAACACAAAAAGGGACACCAGGUAAAUAUGUAGUGGUGCAAACAUCUGGAGGACAACAAUUACGUUAUAGUGUUCAAGGUAAACCUGGCACCCAACAAAAAAUUGCUAUACCGACCGGUAAAGCUGCUGGAAAUGCACAAGUAGUUCAACAAGGUGGCAAAGUAGUUAUUUUAACAUCGGCGCAGUCUGGGCAAACGAAAAUGUUACCUUUAAAUAUCGCUAAAACUUUAGGUAGCAAAGUGCAGAGAAUUAUGACUAGUAAAGGGCAAGUACUUUGUCCUAUCAGUCCACAAGGUAUUAUUAAUUCAAAAACGGUAAUUGCUCCGAAAGGUGAUGGUGUAUCUCCGACGACAUCAAAACUUCCUGCAGGUCAUAAAAUUAUUAACACACAAGGUAUAAUAACAUCAAAAGGUGUACUGACUCCGAUUUCAGGAACAAUUGGUAAGACCGCUCUGCUGGGAACAUUGUCUCAGGGGAUUCUUACAAAAGGUGGAAUUUAUACGCCAAUAAGUGCUUCUACUUUAGGUGGGAAAACGAUUAUUGGAUCGAAGACUUUAGUCACAAAAGGUGCGACCAUUUUGUCUUCACAGAACUUAGGUACUUCUAAAGCUAUUUUAACCCCGAUAUCUCAAGCUAUUAGUGGGAAAACAAUUUUAAGUCCUCAAGGUAUCAGCUCGAAAACCACAGUUUUGACCCCAAUAACAGGACAGCAAGUGAAAGCAAUCGCGGCAAAAAGUCCAUCCAAAGGCAGUAAAGUACAAUAUCAGUCUGUUCAGCAGAAAGUGCAAUUACCUAUGCUACAGAAAUCACAGAAGGUUGGAAUGUCUUCUUCGCAAGGAAGAUCUACACAGUUGAAGGGUGCAGCGAACACAGUUGUGUUGCAGAAUCCUGUCCCUACACAAAAAACUGGGCAAGGGAAGAGAAUAAUUAAACAAACGGUGGUGCAACAGGGUUCUCAAAUGCAAAAUAUUGCAACUCAAAGCGGUAGCCAGCAAACGAUGCGUAUGAAUCCGCAGAUUCAAAAAGGAAAAGGUGUACCUACAUCGACUAUACAAAAAGUUAUUGCUCCUCGUGGUGGACGGCAAUCGAAGACACAACAAAAGAUCGUCGUUCAAAAAGUCCAAGAACCAACAAUCACAGCUGUACAGAACAUUCAGACAAAACAAAAUGUUGCAGGCUCACUAGCAGGUGUGCCGGGUAUGUCUAAGAUGACUCAACAAAAGCAUUCUGUUACACCCACUAAAUCUAGUACAAAAGGUCAUGCAAUAAGUAAAAGUACGCAGCAACAGAAGAAUUUGUUGAAUAUAGCAAUGAACUCGGCAGCUACAGCUAAUGUAAGCACAACUCUCCCUGCUUCUUUGUCUCUUCCACCGUUAGAACCUAUUGAACCUGAAAAGAAAUUGAAAAUGGAAACUAUACUCUCCGAAACUAUACAAAAGGAACCUAAAGGAGACAAAUUCAGUAUCGAGAAAGUCGGUGAAGCAGAAAAAUUGGAUGAAUCGAAAAUAACUACGCAGCCGCAAAUAAUGGCCUUACCAACGGAGAGUAGUGAUGGAACGCAAACUUAUGUUCUAGUGACCAUCGAUGAACAGGGACAGAUACAGCCGCUUGAUAAUAACGCUCUUAUGUCGUUAGAAGGCACGACGCAAAAUCCAGAUGGUACAAGAACUUUGUACAUAGACCCCAGUUCGUUAGGAGAGGCAGGUACAUUAGACAAUAUUGUUCUACAGUUUGACAAUGGUGUACUACCAAACAUACAGACUAGUUCUACAGAACCCACACAAACGAUUAUAUCAGAAAGCUUCCCCACUUCAGAAGUAAUACAAACAUCGAAUCAAGAUAUUCUAGCAGCUGCUCUAGCUAAUACAGAUUUCCAACAAGAAAUCAAUUUAUCAGAGAAUCCAGCUGGAAGUGUGAUGACUGCUGGCUUAACUCAAACGAGUUUGAUAAAUCAGACUAUUUUACAAUCAACUAUCAUCCCUCCUACAGAACCAAUAUCUUCUCCUUCUGUACUCGAGACCUCGUUGACCUUAAAUCAACCUAUAAUGACCCCGCUAGAGGUGCCUAGUAAUUUACCUAUACAGUCAGAAACAACACCUAGUUCGACUGUAACAACCAUACCAACUUCCCUUGAGUUGCCGAUUACUAUAACUAAUCCUAGCAUUUCUUACAUUUCAACGGGUGAAGCACAAAUCCAGAUUCCUGGUAAUUCUAUGCCAGAUAUCGGAGAGAUCAUGGAAAGUUCGAGCACAGCCGAAAUUACAAGAUCAGAUGUUCCAGUAACUACUCAGUACCUAGUGUUGCCGAAUUUGGAAAGUAACAUAACCACAGAAUCUCAGAAAGAGCAGAACGAUACUACUUCAGUGCCCAGUGUCUCGUAUUCAGUUUCGAUACCAAAUAGUAUAGUUAUACAAACUUCGCAAGUGCAGACUACUCCAUCGAUGCCUAUAAUAGAUGACACCUACACAGAAAACGUUCAAUUUGGUUCAACUGUAGAACCAUCGAUAAAAACAGAGCAAUCUUUCGUAAAUGUAGCCGUGUCAGAGAUGCUUGUCUCAAAACCACCUACUUCUACGGAAUGUGUACAAUCACAAGACACCACUGUAACAUCAGAGAUGAACAUAUCUCAAGAUGACUCUGCAGCUUCUCAAGAACCCAUUGUAUCGACGAACGAGCCUGCUAUUUUGGAUGGAGAACAAAACGCAGAAACACCUUUAGAAGAAGUAUAUUCUUCUCAAGAAGUAUCCAUGAAAUCGGAGGAAAUGGUUUUACAGUCUUCGGCAGAUAAAGAGGACAAUAGUCCUAAUGUGACAAUAGGUGAGCAAAAUGAAGAGAUUAGUAAUAAUGAUAAUACAGAACAUGUAGAUAUUUCAGAGCAGCCAGAUGAAUCUAUUCAAACGAGUAAUCUAUCCUCAAUGGAUGAAACUGGUUUAGUCACAUCUGAAUCCAGUGUAAAAAUGUCGCCUGUAGAGCAUACGAGCUUUGAAGUAUCGGACUCGAAUGAAAUAGAUGCGGAUGCAUCGCAAGAAUCAGAAAAUGUAAAGAAACUCGAAGAACUGACAUUCGAUGAACAACCUGACAAUAAAGUUCACUCUCCUGUAGUGCAGGAACAGGCACCAACGUCCAAUGAAGUGGAAGUUGUUCAAGAGGCGGCUCAAAUUCUGCCUGCAGAAUCAUUAAACCGUUUAGAUGAACAAAGUAUAAAUAUGGAUGAAGCUAUGGAGUCUAAAAUUUAUGCUGCGAGUACAGUAAAGGAACCAGAAGGCUGUCAAAGGGACGAGCCAUCAUCUCAAGGAGAGUCAGAUAUUGUUCAAAGAAACUUGGACUUGCAAUUCGAAGAAACAAAUUCAGAGACUAGUCAUGAAACACCGUCGCAGUCGUACGAACAGUUUGGUGUAGCAGUGACUACCGACUCUACUGAUUUACCGAGCCAAUCUGCUAUAAAAUCAGAGAACUCGAGGGAACCAUCGCAAUCGAUAACAUACGAACCUAUGGAAACAGACGAGGAAGCCAUUGUCACAGAGCCACCAAGUCAAUCGUUUGAGCAUUCAAAGAUGAAUGAGGCUUCCCAAUCGUAUGAAACUUCUACUGAAGAGAACACGAAUGCACCUACUCAAUCAUUUAAUGAACUCAUGCAAAGUCAAGAGGAGAGAGCGACUAUGGAUGAAGGAAUAGAUGAUCAAACGUUCCCGACGCAGAGCUACGAUGUGGGAAAGGCAGAAAAUAUUUCAGAGACUUUAGAAACCGAUACUGAAAUUAGUCAAGAGGGAAAUAUGCCGUCUCAGUCUAACGACAUUGGUGCUGAUGGUAUUGGUACAUCCUCAGUCUCUACUAAUAAUUCAGGAUUGAAUGAGGACGAAACAGCGAGCUCAUCUUACGUGCCGGAAACUCCUGAGAAUCAGGAAAGAGAUCCAGACCAAGAAAGUGCAAUAAGUACAUCGUCCUGUGAGAUUCCACCUUGUGCAGAAUUAAAUAUCGCGUCAUCUAGUGCAGAGCAUACAAUUAUCCAUGACAAUGGAGUACCUGAAAUACCUACAUCGUCAUAUAAUUUGAAUCCAGACAUUACAUCAACUCAUGUAGAUUCUGUGCCGACCUCUAGCUAUGAAGAACAAAAUGUCUCAACUUCUUAUGAGGUGCCGAUUUCAAUGCCUGGCCUAGAAGAGACACCUUCCCAAAACUUUGUCACCGAAAGUACAGAUCAUAGAAACGAGCCUUCUAGUUACUACGCUCACCAUCAGGAGGUAACAGCGAGUUAUUAUGAACCAGUUGGCCAAGAAACAAACUCUAGGUUGGACGAAGAUCCACAAGAGGAAGUUACUCCCAGUUAUUAUGAGGGUAAUCCUCAAGAAGCCAGCCAGAGUUAUUUUAACCCGGAAGAAGCUACACCGAGUUACUCCAGCCAUAAUGUUUCUCCUAGUUAUUACGAUCACAGACCAGAGAGCGAAGCCAGUCAGAGCUACUAUUCUACAGACGAUAUAGAGAAAAGCGAACAAUCCUCCUCACAGAAUAUUGAGGCGUCUCAAAGCUUUUACCAGGAACAAUCGGAUGAAUUAAAAUUACGACAGCAAGGAGAAGCUACCCCAACUUAUACUGAAAGAUAUCCAGUUGAUUACACAUUGGAGAAUUCCCCCAUAGAAAGGCACGAUCUUGUAGAAAGUUCUGUACCAGCCACAAGGCCUACAGAGAGGUAAUACAUUAUGAUGGAUAAUAGCAUUAUGCUAUGAGGAGAGUCCUUGUUUUUAUAGACUAUUGGACAUUGCCGCCAUUGAUAGAUAAACUCGAGUCUAUUUUCAAGUGUAAAUAUAAUAUUAAGAUGAUAAGUGACUAAAUGUAAGGUUAUAAUUAGACUCUUAUUAU